AUCUUUUACUAGGGAGGCGUAUCACUAUCAGUAUCAGUAUCAGCAGAAAAGUUGUGAAAAUGAUUCGCAUGUUAUUGGCAAUAUUCUGUACUCUCUGUAUCACAGGAGAAAGUGUCGGUGAUGAUGAGUUCGCACAAAAGAGCCAACUUCCCUUCUGGAAUCAGUCCUUGCCAUGGGACCAGCGUCUAGACGAUUUACUAAGUCGUUUGAAAGUGGACGAUAUGACCUAUCAGCUAGCGAGAGGUGGGGCGGACCCAAACGGCCCAGCUCCCGCGAUUGGUCGCUUGCAAAUCGGCAAGUACGUAUGGAACACGGAGUGCUUGCGCGGAGAUGCACAAGCUGGGAAUGCAACUGCGUUUCCACAAGCGCUCGGCCUAUCAGCUGCUUUCAGUCGAGACCUCUUAUUUGAGGUUGCCAAUGCAACAGGCUAUGAGGUGAGGGCCAAGUACAACUACUACCUGCAGAAAGGAGACUUUAACAACCAUCAAGGAUUGAAUUGCUUCAGCCCUGUCAUCAACAUCAUGAGGCAUCCAUACUGGGGCAGGAACCAGGAGACCUAUGGUGAGGACCCGUACCUGACCGGAGAGCUUGCUAAGAGCUUUGUAUGGGGACUCCAGGGCAAUCAUCCUAGAUACCUUCUAACCAAUGCCGGAUGCAAGCAUUUUGCUGCUUAUAGUGGACCUGAAAACUACCCCUCAUCCAGGUUCUCGUUUGAUGCUAAGGUGUCAGAUAAGGACUUGCAGGUGACGUUCUUCCCAGCAUUCAAAGAGUGCAUCAAGGCAGGAACCUACAGUGUCAUGUGCAGUUAUAACAGCGUAAAUGGUAUCCCUGCCUGUGCUAACUCCUACCUCCUGAACGAUGUCUUGCGGACUGAGUGGGGGUUCAAAGGUUACGUGGUCAGUGACCAGAGGGCGCUAGAGCUGGAGGAACUAGCACACAACUACACCACGUCGUAUCUCGAUACAGCCAUCAAGAGCCUCAAGGCGGGAUGCAAUCUUGAUUUGGGAGUGACGAAGCCUGCAGUAUAUGAUUAUCUUGCGGAAGCGGUUGAGCUUGGAAUGCUGACUGCCCAAGACUUGCGUGACAGCAUAGCCCCCCUCUUCUACACCCGUCUCCGUCUCGGCGAGUGACCCCCUGACCUCAACCCCUACGUCAAACUCAACGUAGACCAGGUGGUGGAGUCACCCGAACACCAGGCAAUUGCACUGAAGGCUGCCCUCAAGAGUUUUGUGCUUGUCAAGAAUGAAGGGAGCACUCUACCAAUAGAGGGCACUAUACAGACUCUUGCAGUAGUAGGACCAUUUGCCAACAAUUCUGAGCUCCUCUUUGGGGACUACGCCCCUAAUCCUGACCCUCGUUUCGUGACCACUGUCCUCGAGGGGUUGUCACCCAUGGCAACCAAGACCAGACACGCCUCCGGAUGCCCGUCCCCCAAGUGUGUAACCUAUGACCAGCAAGGAGUUCUAAACGCUGUGACAGGGGCAGAUGUGGUGGUCGUGUGCCUGGGAACAGGUAUUGAACUUGAGAGUGAAGGAAAUGACAGACGCGACAUGUUGUUGCCAGGCAAACAAGAACAACUUCUUCAAGAUGCUGUCCGCUAUGCUGCUGGUAAACCGGUCAUCCUCCUCCUUUUCAACGCUGGUCCUCUCAACAUCACCUGGGCCCUGUCCAGCCCCUCGGUCCAAGCUAUCGUAGAGUGCUUCUUCCCGGCCCAGGCAACGGGCGUGGCUCUGCGGAUGAUGUUCCAGAAUGCACCUGGGGCCAACCCUGGGGGCAGGCUUCCUUCAACUUGGCCUGCAACAGUGGCCCAGAUCCCUCCAAUGGAGAACUAUUCCAUGGAUGGGCGGACCUACCGCUAUUUCCAUGGCGACCCAAUGCUUUCGUUUGGCUAUGGUCUUUCCUACACGACUUUCAACUACUCGGACCUGAUGGUGUCGCCUGCCGCCAUUCAGCCUUGCCAGAAUGUGACGGUGAAAGUGACUGUCAAGAACAUAGGGAAUCACACGGGAGAUGAGGUAAUUCAAGUCUACAUCAGCUGGCAGAACGUCAGCACCAAGAUGCCGAUCCGGCAGCUUGUUGACUUCUCUCGACAAGAGCUGGCCCCCGGGAAGAGCGUCUCCCUCGAGUUCAAGAUCGUCCCUCGUGUCAUGGCCGUCUACACCGACCAGUGGCUCAUUGAGCCCUGCACCAUCGAUGUCUUCGUAGGCGGGCAGCAGCCCAACCAGAAGGUCAGGGUGCCGUCCAAUGUCUUGGCCGCGAAGUUCCAGAUUGCCGGGGUGGCUACGCCCCUCUCAAAGUGCCCCUACCCGGGGUAGAAAUCAAACAACCACUGCCAGAGCUUGAAGUAAGGGACAUCACAACAUGUUUAAUGAUAGUACUAAAAUUAUUAUUUAUUAAUUUAUAGAAAUUUUUAUUUGACUUUAAGCACACAGUAUUAAAUACCCAUUGAAUUCGAAGCCUUAGAUGCCUCUUAAUUUGGCUAAAAUCAAUGGCAAUGCCUGUUAUAUCAAAAUCAAAUGUUAUUCUUUAGGUUGAUUAAUGGUCUGUACAGUAUUCAUAGCACUCACAAUCAAAUUUCAUUCUAUGAGAAUGCUGCAAAAUCAUUUGUAAUAUGUUGCAUAGAUGUGUUAUUUUCUUAACAUGGAAGACUUGUUGCUCAAUGAAAAUAUAUACUUGUCGGACUAGAAAAUGUAAAAAGAUUCAUAGAUUUUUGGUUGCAUAUUUUUUUAAUUUCGUUCCAGGACAUAACUUUGUGUUUGAACUGAAUAGAAGACUUUUUAUACAUAUGCUUGAACUGUACAUGAUGUUCCAAAAUUGAUUUGGAAAAACGAAAAAGGAAAUUGUUUCUGUUUAUUUUGUCAGAUUUAGACAUCUAACAGCUUUAUUAAAAAAAUGAUUUGAAAUAACAAUCAGAUCUUUAUUAGAUUUUAUAUACAAGUA